AAGGACAAGCCACUGGAGGCGGCGGAAGGUUCAGAGGACUUAACGACGUGUUUCCUUGAGUUUUAUAUUGGUGGCUAUCUCCAGUAAUACAUUUAUUUUUCACUGGUCUAGCAUCAGAUAUGGCCCGUGGGCACCAGAAGUUCCAGUCCCAGCAGAAGAAUGCCAAAAAGCAGGCAGACAUCAAGAAGAGCAAAGGCCAUGACCAGAAGGCAGCAGCAAAGGCUGCUUUAGUAUACACGUGCACUGUGUGUCGGACACAAAUGCCUGACCCGAAGACCUUUAAGCAGCACUUUGAAAGCAAACAUCCAAAGUCCCCAAUGCCCCCAGAGUUGGCCGAUGUGGAGGUGUAACAGAUUGACUUCUACUUCAGUAAGACAGUUGGGGGCUGAUUCAGGACAGGCUUUUACAAUUUGCAGUGUUUUAGAUAGAAUAUCUCCAAUACAACUUCAAUUAUUCCUCAUGCUGCUUAAUUCACUAAUUAAUGCAGGGAUGGUACUUAGCUGCAUGUCCACGGUAACUUUCAGGAUUCAAUUUUUUUUGCCAGAAUUUGAUCCAGGAUGACUACUGAAGGGAGACACACCGUAGCUAGUACCCUCUUUUGGCUUGUGCCAAACAAUGUAUAUAUUCAUCCUAUAUUGUAUGCAAUAUUUGUAUUUCAUUUCAAAAUGUUAUGUUUACAAUACCAGCUUGUCCAUGGGCUCUACCACCAUUACAACAUCUCAGGGCACUGUUCCAGGAUGAGCUUUGAGUUCAGAAGGAAAUAUGAAUUGGCGUUAGCUCAGCUGAACAAAGUUAUGAUUCUAAGAUGAUAAUUGGAAGUCAUCUGCAAUCAAAUCCAAUAUACUGUGAAACCCAUAAAGGAUUUUUGACUGAAAUUAAUUAGUGAAGCACCAGGGUUGGGCUCAUAAUUCUAGUUUAUUCAGAAAGACUUUGGAGUUCAUAGUGUUUGGAAAAAAACUCAAUCAAAACCACUAAUAAUGUGAGUAGAUUCAGAUUUACUUCCAAUGUGAACUGAUUUUAUUUUUUCCUUGCGUAGAUCAUUUCAAAUAUUUCAAGACAAGUCUGUAGUUUUUGAUGAUAAAAAGAAUAUAUUAAACACAUUGUGCGACACGGGUACUGAAAUUGUUCAUUGCAUUUCCCCUUAGAGUUUCAUGAAAUGUAUGUAGUUCAUGUCCAUAGUGUAAUUUUUUCGUACAAGGAAGAGUUGUAAAAGUUGACCACAGAGGGCACUGCAAGUCUUCUAGCAAACCCUUCCAUGACAGUUUCUUCAGCUCCUCUUUUCACAGAGCAGUGUGUUGACUGCUUAAAACAUUUAAUGAUCUUUGUUCCUGUUAGAAGUGGUCUCUUGAGUGAAUUACAGUGAAAAUAAAAGUUUGCGCUGGGUGUUGUAAAUGAUAACAAUAAUGAGCUACUCCUAUACCCUCAGUUUGUCAUUGUAAUAAGUAUGUGGCAUAUUUAUGUGCAGCACUGAAGUAUUUGAUCAUGAUUUUGUUCGUCACUGUUGUAUUUUGCAGUAUAACCUGUCUCACAGUUGGUAGCAUAUGUGAAAACAAUCCCAAGUGCAGUCUCACACUCUUUAGUGUUAUCCUGUCAUUAUGGUGCAAAAGUAUUUAGACUCUGAACCUGCAUUAAAAGUCUGAACUACACUACACUGUAAGUUAGCUUUGGUUCAUAUUUUUAUAUUGGUUUCUUUUCAUAGCAUGCGAACAGAGAUUUAAUUUAUAGAAAGGAACUAUUUUCAAUACAUUUGGACCUACUGGUCAUUAACCACUGACAUUGUAUCACUGUGCUAAAGUCUGGACAGAAAACCAGCCAUGUUUUUACUUUUGUAAUAAUAUCUUUGUCCACGCAAUGUAAUGUAUAGCCUUUUAAUAAAGGUAUUACUUUUAUAUUAA